GGCGCGCCAGGAUUUAGGGAUAAAGCGCGGCCCCGCGACAGUUGCGGCGGGAGAGCGGCGGGGCAGAGAGCGUGACUCGCCCGCUCCAGUGCCACCGGUUCCCGCUGCGCUUCCCGCCGUCGCCGCCGACGCGCAACCAUGUCGGAAGAGAAGCCCAAGGAGGGAGUGAAGACAGAGAAUGACCACAUCAACCUGAAAGUGGCGGGGCAGGAUGGCUCAGUGGUGCAGUUCAAGAUCAAGCGGCACACUCCACUGAGUAAGCUGAUGAAGGCCUACUGCGAGAGGCAGGGCUUGUCAAUGAGGCAGAUUCGAUUCCGGUUUGAUGGGCAACCAAUCAACGAAACAGACACUCCAGCCCAGCUGGAGAUGGAGGAUGAGGACACCAUUGACGUAUUCCAGCAGCAGACAGGAGGAACAGCUCCCCGAGGGACCGUCCCCACACCCAACCAUUGUCCUGACAUUUGCUAUUGAAUGGUGACCAUGCAGCCACGCCAAUCACAGAAGAGUCAGCAGAAGCCAGAGUCACCGCUUGGAGUGAACUACAGACCAUAUGCAGGGACGCGAGUAUUAUGUAACUUGGCCAACAAGAGUGUUUGGUUUAGGGAAAUGAGAUGUGAGGUUUUGGGAUUUGUUUUUUGUUUUUGUUUUCGUUUCUGUUUCCUCCCAUCCCUAAAAUACUUUUCCCCCCAAACUUGGGGCUGGAUGUAGACUCUCAGCCUGUGGCCCAACUCUGCCCCCAGAACUGUGGUUCCCUCUGGUUUGACUUGUCCUAACCAAAUAGAGAGCUUGUGGUCACAUUCCCCAGUGGGCAUGCUAUGGGAUGUUGAGGGGGGGAGAGGGACAGAAUUCCACCUAUUUGUUGUAGGCAAAGAAUAUUAAAAUGUGAAAUACUAUAAAUUUGAGCUUUGUCAAACAUCUGGUGAAGUUCAAGGGAAAAGACCAAUGCUUUUAAAAAAUGUAAGGAGUCCUUAAGUACUGUGACCCAACUACUCCUGCACACGCCCCUUUCUCCUUGGUAUCUGGGAGUGGGUACCUGGGCAAGGCUGGUACAGUGAAACCCACUCUCUUCCCUUUUCAUGAUGUAGAAGAAAGUACUUGCCCUGUCUCAUUUGGAAAUUGAAUGUGGCCUCAGAUUCUUUCUAGUACUUGGUUCCGAUACAUAAUUAUGGUUUCUGUUUAAGAAGGUAAUUGGUUAAGUAUCAAGUUUACAGUGAUGUUGUGUAAGAGACUUGCUCUAAAGUGUGGCUGCAAAAGAAAGCCAGGGGAAGGUGGCCUCAUUCUCAUGGACUGUGCUCUGCCGCUUUACAAAUGUGUAUUCAAAUGAUGCAUCAGUGGGUGACGUCAGUCCUGCAUUGUGGGGUCUAUACCAGUUAAAUGUUCAUAGUUCUGCCUGUCAUCCUUCUGUAAGGAUCCAUUGCUGCUUGAUGGCCAUCUCUGCCUUUUAUAGUCACCUGACACUGACCUACCAUCUCUCGCUUGCUUAAAAUCCUGAGGAAAAUGUUCUUGUUUCCUGUUUUGCUGCGUGGGCUUGGGUGGGAUGUCUGUUGGCUCUGUUGUGUUUAUUCACCAGUUUGUACAUUAUUUGUUGUCCUUUACUACUGUAAACAGUAAAUAUAGUUUGGUAUUCUGUC